AUGGAUAUUUUAAAUAAAUUUCAUGCCUCUGUGACUCAAAGCCUUGAGAGUUCGUUCAACAAUGCAUACAGCGAUUUUAAUGAUUUACUCGUCCUGCACGACGCGAAAGUCGCGGCGGCCGAAGGAAGACUCAAAGUUGCGGAAGAUGCUCGGAGCCAAGCCUUGACUGAAAUUGAGCAACUGAAAGUUAAGGUGAUUCAUCUACGAAAAGAAAUAAGCCGGGGUGACAUCAGCUUGGAAGACGCUGAAGCUCCCGUGAGCGAGCCUCAGUUGGAGGAAACAUAUGCACCACAGCGGAUUUUGAAUCUGCCUAGUGACAAUAAUCCCUUUUCCUCGAGAUACGGUACGAAGGAGGCGAAGGUCAUCAACGAGAAAUAUGUUGCACUAUACGGAGACGCUCAAACACUGGUAAAAGCUUAUAAAGGGCUCAGAAGGCAGAUCAUGCGUCACAAGAGAAAAUUGGAACAUUGGAGGACAUGCCUUGAGCGUGAUGAGUUCACGCUGGUGUUAAACGGUGUCGCUGUCAAAUUCCAACGGGUAAAGAGUAUGACAAGUGAAAACCAGAACCACUCGCCAACAGUAGAGUCGAUGUCUACUACUGUCACGUCUGAGCUGGAUGAAGUCUGUCCGCCUGGCAUUAGCGAGCAAAUUAAAGGACCAAAGAAGAGCCCCAAAAAUCAAUUCCAAACUGAGUCUUUAGCAGCAUCUUCGACUCAGUUUGAUCCCUCUUGCAGCCCUGAAGAAACCGAUACGUCCACCCAGCAACACCGGGCAUUAAAGAGAAAGCGCGGGCUAUUAUCCGAACCCGGAGACUCAGCCAGCCAUAGUAGCUUGGAAAAAGGGGGAUCAAACCAGGACAUUGCUGUAAAAAGCCAAAGCAUGUCCUCUGGUCCCAUACGAAGCUUUCCCCAACAUAGUACAGCAAUUGAAACACCGACAAGGGAAAUGGAUAUCAAUAGAAAUCCAAACAACCAAAUACGUCCUUCGACUACUAAUCAUUCUUCAUCAACUCGAGCUCAAGAUCAUGACUUUCAGCGCCUUGCGUCGGGCCAGAGGUUUUUGAAUAAUUCCGUGGUACUCCAGCCAGCGGAUAAUAACACCAGAUUUAUGCAUGAUACUGCUCGAUGGCCUGAAAAAGGAUCAUCAAUAGUCCUCAGGAGGGCGGCUAAUCAUGCUAUAUCAUCUAUAGCGGAAGAUGGUGAACAAGUAUAUUCAGCGGCGCAUACAAGAAAAACACCAUGGAACACCGAAGUUGCUUCUCUGCCAGCAGCCCUAAAUACCCAAGAUGUCUCAACUCGGUUGGAACACCUGCUGGAGGAACCGCUGUCCCCUAAGCAGCCGCUACGGCCACAGAAGGAUACGGAAACCGUGAGGGACUCCAAAAGUUACAAAAAGCACAGAUUUGACGUCAAUCAACCAGCGUUGACAGAAAACAACCCCUGUUUAAUUGGUGAUCUAGCUGCAAUACCGGAUUCCACGCGGGCAAGCAAACAACCGAGUAAGCAACAGGGAUCGACAGGUGCGCCCGCUUCCGAGGUAGUCGACCGUGAUCCGAUGGAAAUGCACCCGGAGGAAGAACCCUACAGAGCCCGGCCACUACACCGACUCGAGCUUAGCCAUUUCAGGAUUAACCCAGACUGUAACGAAGGACUUGAGUAUGCAUUUGAUGCGGUUGUCCGCAACAGAGAUAAACGCAAGUGCAUUAGGGGGUGUACGCGUCCUGAAUGCUGUGGAGAAAAGUUCUUGGCCAUGGCACGCCUUGGUGGCCUACGGACUGACCCUACAGUCUCUUCACAUGAAGAGCAAAGAAUUCUAGAGGAGUAUUUGGGGGAAGAAAUAUACCUGCUUGAAGAAUUGACGGGGAAGGGACGCCAGGACCUCCUCACCGAGGCGAAAGCAAGAUUAAUCGCCGACCGCUUUGGGAAACAUAGAAAUCAUCAUCAACGCCCGGCUACACCUCCAGGUUUCUGGCGCACGGAUAUGCCUAACACACAAGAGCUAGAACUUGACCUGCAUACUUGCGUACAACUCCUUUCAUUGUAUCACGAUUCUCUUGUUUCUCGUGUCAUCUCUAGACUUCCAUUGACCAUCCCUCGUCUGACGCCCACUCCACAUUCCCGGUAUACAAAGUACUGGACAUCCCACUCUUCGCUUUACCAUAAGGUCGCCCUCACUCUUCAAAUGGUUCAAUAUACAGAACUACUAUGGGAAAUGGUCGCGCGUCGUCGGGGCGAGAAAGUUCGCUGGCGAAUUGUUGUACUCAUCGAGGCCAUCAAGGCAAUAUGCCGCUUGUUUCUGCUACGCCUGACGAACUCUAGGCCGCUAGUCAGUCCUCCAUUGCCAGAGCGCGAUGUUGAUCCCAGAUCGGCCGAAGAAGAGGAAAGUGAUUGGAAUGGGAUGCAUACACCGGUGAGCGAGCGGUCUUCCGACCUGAGCUGGACUAUGCCUCGUACGGGACUGUCACUUCCCUCCCUUCCGGAUGUGAACGAUGUCUCGAGUUUCCUAAUAUCAAAGGUUCUUACAGCGGAUGAUAUCAAGCCCCCCAAGGCACUCUUGCAUAGAGUUACUGGUCAAGGCCAGCUAGCAGAACUAUUAUAUAUUCUGCGGCCAGUGGCCUAUGCACUUGCAAUGCAAAGAUGGCAUAGUAAUAAACGAAGCUGGAGGCCUUGGCUCAUUGGAUUUGGCAUGGAGUAUGGUUGUCGACAACUUGCUAAAGCCGAUUUCCGGGAAAGACUUGCUGGCGGCCUUCGAGGACUCACAGGCCUUGAGCGUGAGGAAUUGAGAAAGAGGGGAUGGGCUAUGGGCUGGUGGUUUAUGAGGGGUGCUUUUUAUGAACACAUGACCAGGUCAUGGUUGAAAGGAUUAACCGGAAAGAUGAAAGGCAAACCACUACUUGACUUGGUGGGGAGUGUCAUCGAAGAUUACGAAUAUCUAUGGGACAAUUACUACUUUGCAACAGCGACUUUGUGA